AUCAGCUGCGACGUUGACGACUUUUUAAACUUACAGGCGGGGCGGCUGUGCAGCUUGGUGGGUGCCGUUGGCCUCCUGCGUUUUCCUGGUUUGCUGCAGGAGGGAUGGCGGAGGAGGCGGCCGUGGCGGUGUGCGUGCGGGUGCGGCCGCUCAACAGCAGAGAAGAGGAACUUGGAGAAGAUGCCCACGUUUACUGGAAAACUGACAAUAAUGCUAUUUAUCAGAGUGAUGGGGGGAAAUCCUUCAAUUUUGAUCGUGUGUUUCAUAGUGAUGAAACCACUAAAAAUGUGUAUGAAGAAAUCGCAGUGCCAAUCAUCAAUUCUGCUAUACAAGGCUACAAUGGUACCAUAUUUGCUUAUGGCCAAACUGCAUCAGGAAAAACACAUACUAUGAUGGGUUCUGAAGACUGUUUGGGAGUUAUACCCAGGGCAAUUCAUGACAUUUUCCAAAGGAUUAAGAAGUUUCCUGAGAGAGAAUUUCUCUUGCGGGUGUCUUACAUGGAGAUCUACAAUGAAACCAUUACAGACUUACUCUGUAAUGCUCAAAAAACGAAACCUUUGAUAAUUCGGGAAGACAUCAAUAGGAAUGUGUAUGUUGCUGAUCUUACAGAAGAGGUGGUUAAUACGGCAGAGAUGGCUUUGAAAUGGAUCUCAAUGGGAGAAAAGAACAGACAUUAUGGAAUAACUAAAAUGAAUCAAAGAAGCAGUCGUUCUCAUACGAUUUUUAGGAUGAUUUUGGAAAGCAGAGAAAAAGGUGAAUCUUCUAAUUGUGACGGAUCUAUCAAGGUGUCGCAUUUGAAUUUGGUAGACCUUGCUGGCAGCGAAAGAGCUGCUCAAACAGGAGCUGAAGGUGUGCGACUCAAGGAAGGCUGUAAUAUAAAUCGGAGUUUAUUUAUUUUGGGUCAAGUGAUUAAGAAACUUAGUGAUGAACAAUUUGGUGGCUUCAUAAAUUACCGAGACAGCAAAUUAACACGCAUUCUUCAGAAUUCCUUGGGAGGAAACGCAAAAACACGCAUCAUCUGCACCAUUACUCCAGUGUCAUUGGAUGAGACCCUAACCACUCUUCAGUUUGCCAGCACGGCUAAGUACAUGAAGAAUACUCCUUAUGUGAAUGAGGUGUCGAACGAUGAGGCUCUCCUGAAAAGGUACAGAAGAGAGAUAGUGGACCUGAAGAAGCAGUUAGAGGAGGUAAAUACAAAGACUCGGGCACAGGAAAUGGAAAAGGAUCAACUGGCGCAGCUUCUGGAUGAGAAAGACUUGCUUCAGAAGGUGCAGGAUGAGAAAAUCCAGAAUCUGAAGAGGAUGCUGGUGACGUCGUCUUCUAUUGCAUUUCAGCAGGAGCUAAAGGUUAAAAAGAAACGAAGAGUUACUUGGUGCUAUGGCAAAAUUAACAAAAUGAAGGAUUCAAACUAUGUUAAUGAAUUUAAAGUCCCAACAAAUGUAACAACAAGAACACAUAAAAGUUCAGUGACUCUUUUGGGAGAAAAUUCUCUAAUGAGAUUGGGAGAGAAUGAUGAAUCACUCUCUUUUGAGUCUGAUGUGUUCAAUAACACUCUUGAACCAUUGGCUGAAGUAGAAUGGAAUUCAGCAACAAAGCUACUAAGUGAGGAAAACUUAGAAAGUGAGUUAAACUCACUCCAUGCUCAAUACGAUGAUCUGGUAUUGGACUAUGAGCAGCUAAGAAGAGAAAAUGAGGAACUGAAACUGAAAUUAAAAGAAAAAAAUGAUUUAGAGGAGUUUGAAGAUCUCGAAAGAAAAGCAGAGAAGGAUCAAGAGAUGCAACUGAUUCAUGAAAUUUCCAACUUAAAGAAUUUAGUUAAGCAUGCAGAAGUAUAUAAUCAAGAUCUUGAGAAUGAAAUAAGUUCAAAAGUGGAGCUUCUUAAAGAAAAAGAGGCCCAGAUUAAGGACCUGCAGAAAUGCAUAGAAGCCCAGAAGUCAGAAAAGAUGAAAAUAGACUUGUCAUACUCAUCGGAACCCACUGAAGACCUCAAGCAGGUGAUGCAAACAUUGUCUGAUAUGGACACUGUGGCCCUUGAUGCCAAGAGAGAGGCAGCCUUUCUUCGAAGUGAAAAUCUGAUGCUGCAGGAGAAAGUUAAUGAACUUUCAGAUUCUUGUAAGCAAAUGGAAAAUGACAUUCAGGCAUAUCAACGUCAACUGGAGGCCAAAAAGAAAAUGCAAGUUGAUCUAGACAAGGAAUUACAGUUUGCUUUUCAAGAAAUAUCAAAACUCACUGCCCUGGUAGAAGGCAAAGGUUUGCUUUCAAAUUUGGAACUGGAGAAAAGGAUCACUGAUCUCCAAAGAGAACUGAAUAAAGAAGUUCAAGACAAAGAAGCUUUGCAAAAAGAAGUUAGCUUGCUCUCGGAGCUGAAAUCUUUACCCUCUGAGGUGGAAAUGCUGAGAGAAGAGCUGCAUGAGAAAUCCGAAGAGCUCUGUUUAAUAACCUCAGAAAGAGAAAACUUGUUUUCUGAAGUAGCUCGUAAAGACAGCCGAAUUCAAGGUUUGCUUGAAGAAAUUGGAAACACUAAAGAUGACCUUGCAGCUUCCCAGCUGAAUUACAAAAGCAGAGAUGAAGCAUGGCAAACAUUGAAAACCCUUCACGGGGAACUUGAGCAAAAAUACCAAGUGGUCUCGGAGGAGAGUGAGAGGAUGAAGCAGGAAAUAGGAAAUCUCUCCAAAGAAGCAGAAAGCCUUGGUUUGAGUUUGGAUUCCUUGAAGGCUGAGCUUUCUCACAAAACUCAGGAGCUUCAGCAGAAAACAAGCGAGGGUCAAGAGAGGUCAGACCAAAUGGAGGAGCUAAGAAAGCAGGUAGAAAGCCGAGAGUCCAGCCUGCAGUCUGCAGAGAAGGAGAGAGUACUGCUCACUGAGAGGCUUCAGCAAACCUUAGAAGAAGUAAGAGUCCUAACCCAAGAAAAGGAAGCCCUGAAGCAACUCCAAGCAAGCCUGCAGAUGGAGAGGGACCAACUCAGAAGUGACAUUCAGGACACCGUGAACAUGAAUGUUGAUACUCAAGAGCAGUUACUAAAUGCUCUUGAGUCUUUGAAACAACACCAAGAAACAAUCAACCUGCUGAAAAUGAAAGCUGCGGAGGAAACGUCCAAGAAUCUGUACACAGAGGACAGGGGAGGAAGUGAAGACGAAGUUCAGCAGGAGAUGGAUGACAUAGGUGAAGGACAGAGUCUGCUUGCUGGAAGUGCCCAGACAUUGGUUGCAGGUGGUAAUGAUAAUGAGGUAACUGAAGACAAGAAGAAAAUACAUUCUUUAAUGCAGGAGAAUAAUGGACUCCAACAAACAUUGGAAAGUAUUAUAGCAGAAAAGGAACAAUUAAAGAUGGACCUUCAGGAAAAUAUCGAGAUGACGAUUGAAAACCAGGAAGAAUUAAGAAUUCUCAGAGAUGAACUCAAAAAGCAGCAAGAGAUAGCUGCACGGGAAAAGGACGUAGCCACUAAGAAGAGCGAAGAGCUUUCCAGGGUGUGCCAGAAAUUGGCAGACGUAGAAGAAGAGUUAAAGGAAAAGGACCAGAAACUCCAAGAAAAGCAGCAACAACUUAUUAGUGCUCAAGAAGAUGUGCGUGAGAUGCAGGGGAAGAUGGCUGACAUGGAGGAGAGCCAAGGAUUGGCCCUGGAGCGCAUGGAAGCAGAGAGGCUUGAGUUGGCUCAGAAACUUCAUGAAAAUUGUGAGGAGAUUAAAGCUCUAACGAAAGAAAGAAAUGAUCUAAAGGAAUUACGGGAAUCAUUUGAAAUAGAAAGAAGGCAAUUUAAAGAAUGCACGAGAGAAAUUGAAGCUGUGGGCCUGCAGCCAGAGGAAAGACUAAACGUUGCUCACACACAUCUGGAAGAGCACCAAGAAAUCAUCGGGGAGCUAGGAAGCAGGCUUGCUGGGAAAGAAGCUCAAAUGGCCAACACUAAGGAUGCAGAAAAGGCCCAUUCUCAAUCGCAAGAGAAGAUCCCAGUGCUACAAGAACAAGAGCUGCUUCCUGGCGUGAAAGACGUGGGGAAGGUUCCAGAAAAGGCCAGUGAGCUGGAGCCAUUGGGAGGACACUCCACAACAAUGGGGUCAGAUUCACCAGAGGACCGAGAAAGGCUUGGGCUGACUGAGAAACUUCAGGAAAGUCAGAAAGAGGUGAGAUGUCUCACUAAAGAGAGGGAUGACCUGCAGAUGAUGCUAGAAGCACUUCAUGUGGAAUGUGCCCAGCUGAAGGAAGGUGCCAGAACAACUUUGGCUGAACAUCUAGAAACAGAAGAGGAACUUAACGUUGCUCAUUGUCGCCUGAAAGAGCAAGAGAAAAAAAUUGACACCCUGAAAAUGAGCCUCUCCCAGAAGGAAACUGAGCUGUCAAGUGUUCGCGUACAGCUAGAGUCAGCCACUGAUGAACUAGAGAGACUAGAGAGAAAGGUUCAAGAACUCAAUGAAAAACAGGAACAACUUAAUAUAAAAGAAACUAAUGAGUUUCAAGAGAAAAUGAAUGAACUAGACCAAGUCAAGGAUCUUCUCCUAGCCAAGGACUCAACACUACAAAAGAUAGAAAGUGACAGGCUCCAGCUGACUAAACAACUAGAAGAAAGUCAAGAGGAAAUGAGAAUUCUAAUUGAGGAAAGAGAUGAACUGAAAAGAAUCCGAGAGGCUCUUGAUGUGGAAAACAAACAACAGAAAGAAGACAUUAAAGAAAUCGGUGCUAAGCUCCAAGAACUUCAGGACAAAGAGCAUGAAUGUCCUGUGAUGAAGACGGAUGAUGAGACUCAAGAAGAUGGAAGUGAAACGGAAAGCUUGACCAAGCAGUUGGAGGCCCAGAAGUCAACUCUGGAAAGGGUGGAAAUGCAGAAUGCAGACUUGACCCAAAAGCUUCAUGAAACCCUUGAAGAAAUGGGAUGUGUAGCAAAAGAAAGAGAUGAGCUCAGGAGUGUGGAGGAGCGCCUCACAGUAGAGAGAGACCAGCUGAAGGAGAGCCUUAGAGAGACAGUAACUAGAGGUCUGGAAAAAGAGGAGGAGCUGAGAGUUGCUCACGUGCAUCUGCAGGAGCACCAGGAGACUAUCGUCAAUCUCAGAGAGAGCGUGUCUGCUAAGGCAGAUGAGAUAUCACGUAUCCAAGGGGACUUAGCACACACACAUGCUGCCCUAGAAGUGCAGAGCCGAGAACUUCAGGAAAAAGCACAUCAACUUUCUCAAGUGAGAGCUGAGCUCAAGGAAACUGUGGACCAAAUGGAGCAAUUGAAGAAGCAGCUAGAAGCCCAGAAUUCAACUCUGGAGAACACGGAAAUAGAGAAAUUAAAACUGACUCAACAAGUCUAUGAAAACCUCAAAGAAAUAAGACUUGUCAGUAAGGAAAAUGAUGACCUAAAAGUUAUGGAUGAAACCCUCAGAGUAGAACAAGACCAACUAAGAAAAAGUCUUCAACAAAUGGAAGCAAGCGAUCUGGAAAAGCAAGAGAAACUAAGGAUUGCUCACAUGGAUCUGAAAGAGCACCAAGAAACUAUUGACAGACUCAGGGGGAUUGUGUCAAAGAAGACAGAUGAAGUAGCAAAUAUGGAAAUGGAAUUAGAAAACGCAAAUAUUAAGUUACAAGAAAAGAUUCAAGAACUUAAGAAAAAUGAACUUCAACUUCUUAAGUUAAAAGGAGCUGCCAUUGAGACACAAAAGCAACUCAAGGAACAGGGGUUAGCUCUGAAUAAAAUAGAGAUGGAGAAUUUAAAUCUGGCUCAGAAGCUUCACGAAAACCUUGAAGAGAUGAAACUUGUAAUAAAAGAAAGAGAUGACCUAAAGAGAGUGGAGGAAAUGCUCAAGAUGGAGAGAGACGAGCUCAAGGAAAACCGAAGGGACACCAUGUGGAAGGACCAUCAAAAUCAUGAAGAAACCGUAAAACAUGCAAAGGGGUUACUAUGUGAUGGAGAACACAGUACACAAAGCCUUCGAGAAAAGUGCCUCAGGAUAAAAGAGCUCCUGAAAAGAUACUCAGAAAUGGGUCAUGAGUAUGAGUGCUUGAAUCAGUUCUCUGUUGACUUGGAAAAGGAAACUAAAACCCAAAAAGAGUUGGCAAUUGCUGUAAAAGCAAAGCUCUCACUGCCACACCCACAAAUCAAAGAGAUUGAAAAGCUUCUUACUACAAACCACAGAUGUUCCAUGGAAUUCCACAGACUUCUGAAGAAACUUAAGUAUGUGUUGAGCCACAUUACAAGGCUAAAGGAAGAGCAACAUGAGUUCAUCAAUCAGUUCGAAAUGGCUUUUAUCCAGGAAGUGGAAAAGCAGAAUGAACUGCAGAUUAAGGCACAGAGCUUUCCACAGGCUUGUGAUAUUCCAUCCGAAGACUUAGAGAGCCUCAAACUGAGCCGGGAUAUGGAUCUCCAUAUUGAGGAAAUUGCCAAAGAUUAUUUGGAAAAUGAAUUCCCCACCAUAAAAACUGAAUUCCAGCAAGUACUAAGUAAUAGGAAAGAAAUGACUCAGUUUUUGGGAAAAUGGCUGAAUACUCCGUUUGAUACAGAAAAGCUUAAAAGUGGCAUCCAAAAAGAUAACAAUAGCAUUUGCCAAGUGAAUAACUUCUAUAAUAGCAAAAUAAUUGCCAUGAUAAACGAAUCAACAGAGUUUGAGGAAGGAAAUGCUGCCAGAUGCAAAGAGUUAGAACAUUACCUGAAAUCACUGAAGGAAAAAACUAAACAACUAUCUAGAGACUACCAGGCUUUGACUGUCUCCUGGUCUGCUGCCCGUGUCCAUCCUACCAAACAUCCUUCUCCACAGGGUAGUAAAAAUCCUCAUGUUGCACCAGUAGGUGAACAACUAAUAUCAGAGAAAAUUCAGGAGCUGGAAACCUCCUUACAAGAAGCCAAAGAAAGUGCCAUGCAUAAGGAAGGCCAGAUUGCAAAGAUGCAGAAGGAACUAGCGGUAUCUAAGGACUUGGUAGCAAAGCUCCAGCAUGAAGUCCAUGAGUCAAACAAAUGCCUUGAAAGCACAAAAGCAACAGUAAAAAUGCUUCAGGACAGAGUUGCGUUAGGAGCUGUGCCUUAUAAAGAAGAAAUUGAGGAUCUCAAAAUGCAGCUGGUGAAAACUGACCUAGAAAAGAAGGAGAAUGCCAAGGAAUUCGAAAAGGAAAUUCUUUCUACAAAAGCCACCGUUACACAUCAAAAAGAAGUGAUAAGGAUGCUGAGAGAAAAUCUUAGAAGAAAUCAACAGGCCCAGGAUACCUCAAUGAUAUCCGAGCCGGACUCUGUGACUCUGAGUAAACCUUUAACCUGUGGAGGUGGCAGUGGAAUUGUACAAAGCACGAAAGCUCUUAUUUUGCAAAGUGAAUAUAUAAGGAUGGAAAAAGAAAUUUCUAAACUAAAGCAGCAAAAUGAACAGCUAGUAAAGCAAAAUAAUCAGCUAUUAAGUGAUAAAUCUCAGCUCUUCAAGAAGCUUGAUACGAUGAAGGGAAGAACCCUUAAAAGAGACACUUACAGGGAAGCAGCUUGUGAGAACUCUCCAAAGUCUCCCAAAGUGACUGGCGCAGAUUCUAAAAGGAGACAGAACACACCUUCUCGGUUCAGGGAACAGAACUUCCAAGAUCCUGUGCCGAAAGAAUCACCAAAAUCAUGGCUUUUUGAUAACCGGCCGAAGUCUCUCCCGGCACCUUACCCAGUUCGCUAUUUUGAUAACUCGAGUUUAGGACUGUGCCCAGAUGGCAACAUGGACACAUUAAAUUCAACGCUUCUUUUAAAACCUCACAAAACCACAAUUAGCAAAGGUCUCAGCAGGAACCUGAACUCCACCUCCCAGCAUGCAUUUAGUCAGCAUGUGACUUCUGCACAAGAUCUGAAGUCUGUCUUCUGAAGGGAUCCGGAGGACUGUGAGGACCCCAUAUUCUGAAGCUUUUGCAAAAGAAGGAGCCAAAGUCAUAGCCACAGACAUCAAUGAGUCCAAACUCCAGGAGCUGGAAAAGUACCCAGUUUUGUCCACCAUGGGACCAUCCUGGAUUGCGAGGAAAAAGACUGGGACUUCUCAAUGAAU